AUGGACGUUAAGAACGCAUUUCGCAAGGAUCAUUUGGAAGAAGAGGUGUACAUAUCUCUACCUCCAGGUCAUAAUUUUGCCUCUGACUCCUCCCUGGUAUGGAACAAUAAUGAGGAAAUUGAGAAAGUAAAGCAAAAAUUAAAAAGGGAAUUUGACAUUAAGGAUCUUGGUCAAUUAACCUACUUUCUCGGAAUAGAAAUGGCAAAAUCUCAUAAAGGUCUAUUUCUGUCUCAGAGAAAGUAUGUUCUAGAUCUUUUAAAUGAAACAGGGAAAAUAGGAGCUAAGCCUAUAGAUACCCCUAUGGAGACCAAGACUAGACUUAACUUAGAGGAUGGUGACCCUCUAGAUAACAUAGGUCAUUACCAGCGCCUGGUGGGGAAAUUGAUUUACUUAACCGUCACCAGACCUGACAUUAGUUAUGCUGUGAGUAUGAUUAGCCAGUUUAUGCAUGCUCCACGUACUCCUCAUUUAGAUGCAGUUGAUAGGAUCCUAAGAUACCUCAAAGGUACUCCAGGACAUGGUAUCUGGAUGAGAAAUAAUAAUAAUGCUAUCACUAUUACUGGUUUCUCUGAUGCAGAUUGGGCAGGUAGUUGUGACAGAAAAUCGACUUCAGGAUUCUGCACAUUUGUAGGAGGAAACCUAGUGACAUGGAAGAGCAAAAACAAUCAAGAAUGA